AUGGGAGAAAACACAUAUGGUGAGCAGUUCGAGCAACUUUUCAUCUGCAACGGAGAUGUGUAUCAUGGAUUCCAAGUAAUGGAAAAGAUAGAUGAAGGAAAUUAUGGUCAAGUAUUUGUUGUGUCUAAAGACGGGAAACGAUUCGCAAUGAAAGUUGAGCCGAAAAGAGUCGAUGGGGCGGCGCCGGCGUUGAAAAUUGAGAUCGAGAUCAUGAACAAGCUAGACGAGAACAAAGCGAAAUACUUCCCCAAGUGUAUUUUCGCUGGUGCGGAUUUAAAAUGUCAUGUAGUGGUGAUGGAUCUUCUGGGCGACAAUUUGAAAAGCCUUCGACUAAAAUGCGCCGAUCCAAACGUUUCGUCUCCUGGAACAUGGAGUCGAAUUGGUAUUCAGUGCUUAUAUGUCCUGAAACAAAUGCACGACAAUGGCUACCUGCACCAUGAUAUAAAACCAGGGAAUUUCGCAAUGGGACCUGCAACCGAUCCAAAUAGGUCUCGUAUCCUCCACCUUCUUGAUUUUGGAAUUUCUCGGGCGUUCACGAGGCCGAAGAAGGGGGCAGCCAUCAGUACAAUGCUGAAAGAUGGCCAAAAAACGACAGACUCGGCAAAUCUAGAGUUCCGACCACCCAAGAAAAAAAUAACAUCGUUGAGAGGAACUCCCGUCUACGCAUCACCAAAUGCUCACGAUUACAUUGAUUUGGCUAGAAUAGACGAUGUUUGGUCUCUGAUGUACAUGAUCGCUGAGAUGGUUGAACCUCUUCCAUGGUAUGCUCUCGAAGAUGAGCAAUUAAAAAAUUGCAAGCUCAAAUUCAAACUCAGUGAGCUCUUCAAAGAUAAUUCCUUCGACGCUGUGGAGCAGAUGCUUCGGUCGUGUACAUUCUACUCUUUCCCUAACUAUGAAUUAGUUUAUAACACGUUCAAGGCAGUCUACGAUAAAAGCAAAUCCACUUGGAUCGACCCUUAUGAUUGGGAGACGAAGCAAAUGCCGUCGUAUGUUCGUUGGCAACAACACAACGAUAGACGUACAUCAAUUUAUAUGUUUAAAUGGGAAUAUUCUGACAUUCGAGAUUAUUUCCGCCUGGAUCCAUACAGUUCUCUUCAAAGAAGUGAGAAGAAGAAAGAGAAAAUGGAUGGAGGAGAUACGGCAACGAAAACUUGUGAGAGUCCAACUGUCGAAGAGGCGAAAACUCCAAAAAUCGUCAUGAAGAAAAAGUCGAAAAUUUCAAAACCAGUCAAGUCGAAAACCAAAAAGAGCAGCCACGGAAAGAAGAAGUGA